AUGGAAGAAAAGGAGACAUCGAGCUCAUUUACAAUUGGCAACAGUGAACAAGAGAGAGGCUUGUCAUAUGUGCCUGAUUGUUAUGUAAUUCCAGCUUCAAAUCGUCCGAGGUUGAUUCCAGAGACUGCCAAUGUACCUGUUAUUGAUUUUUCUAGGUUGAGACAGGAUGAUACACAAAGGGAUAAUGUCAUUAAAGAAAUUGGAAAUGCUUGUCACCAAGUGGGAUUCUUUCAAAUCGUCAAUCAUGGAAUUUUCCAGUCAAUAUUGGAUGGAGCACUUUCUGUGGCAACCGAUUUUUUAAAAUUACCACCCGAAGAGAAGGGGAAGUUCAUGUCUAAUGAUGUGCACAAGCCAGUAAGGUAUGGGACGAGCCUCAAAGAUGGAGUUGACAAAUUCCAGUUUUGGAGGCUUUUCCUCAAGCAUUAUGCAAAUCCUUUAUCUGACUGGAUUCAUUUAUGGCCAAAAAAUCCACCUCACUACAGGGAGAAGAUGGGAGAAUAUUGCACGGAAGUGAAGAAACUAGCCUUGGAAGUAAUGGGAGCCAUCAAUGAGAGCCUUGGGCUAGGUCCAAGUUACUUAAGCAACCAAAUGGAGGAUGGAAUGCAAGUCAUAGCAGUCAAUUGCUACCCUCCAUGCCCGAACCCGGAACUCGCGCUAGGAUUGCCGCCGCAUUCGGACUACACUUGCCUAAGUAUUGUCCUCCAGAACUCGGCGGGCCUCGAAGUAAUGGAUAAAAGAGAAGGCAAGUGGAAGCUGAUCCCAGACGUUCAUGGCGCUCUUCAGGUCCAUAUAGGGGACCAUCUUGAGGUACUAAGCAAUGGCUUGUACAAAAGUGUUGUCCACAGGGCUACAUUGAAUUCUGAAAGGACUAGAGUCUCAAUUGCUAGCCUACAUAGUAUGGGUAUGGAUGAGAAAAUGGGAACUGCUGAGCAGCUUGUGGACGAUCAACAUCCUAAGAAAUACAAAGAGAGCAGCUUUAGAGACUUCCUAAAUUUUCUAUGCAAGAACGACAUCGCAGAAGGGAAGAACUUCAUUGAUACGCUAAAGAUCUAA